UGCAGCCCGGGGUCGAAUCGCAGGUUUAGAAUUAUCGCGGGGCGGUGAGGCUCCUGUGCUGCCUCUGAGCGUGGUUUCUGUGGCGUUUGCAGAGUGCGCUGUCUCCAUUCUGCUCUUUUGGGAAGAGUAGAGGUUCUGUGGGGACAGCUGGGAGCCCCGAAGGAGAAAGAGCAGCCGGGGGGCUCCGUAGCGCCUGAAGGCAGGGCUGCGACCGAGAAGAGGGGAGCUGCUGAGAAGGGAGGGCCCCCGCAGGCAGGGUCCCAGCCGCUGACAUCAGGGCUGGUCCCGCGGAGGGCCUGGGGCAGCCGCGCGAUGCUCACGGCCCGGUACCUUCUCCGAGCCCUGCGCUUCUGUUCCUCUGCUCCCUGCCCCAGGCACAAACCUUCAGCCAAACUGAGCGUGCGAGACGCUCUUGGGGCCCAGAACCCGAGUGGGGAGCGCGUUAAGGUCCAGGGGUGGAUUCGUUCUGUCCGAUCCCAGAAGGAAGUCUUAUUCCUGCAUGUAAAUGAUGGAUCAUCUUUGGAAAGCCUUCAGGUUGUUGCAGAUUCAAGCUUUGACAGUAGAGAAUUGGCUUUUGGGAGUUCUGUGGAAGUCCAAGGGCAGCUGAUAAAAAGUCCAUCCAAAAGGCAAAACGUGGAACUGAAGGCAGAAAAAAUUGAAGUUAUUGGAAAUUGUGAUGCUAAGGCUUUCCCUAUCAAAUAUAAAGAGAGGCAUCCUCUGGAGUACCUAAGACAGUAUCCUCACCUUAGGUGUAGGACUAAUGUUCUGGGUUCUAUACUGAGGGUUCGCAGUGAAGCUACAGCUGCUAUUCAUUCUUUCUUUAAGGACAGUGGCUUUGUGCAUAUUCAUACCCCAAUAAUCACAUCCAAUGACUGUGAGGGGGCUGGAGAACUUUUUCAAGUUGAACGUUCAAGCAAAAUAAAGUUACCUGAGGAGAAUUUCUUCAAUGUUCCUGCUUUCUUAACUGUCUCAGGACAACUUCAUCUAGAAGUGAUGUCAGGAGCUUUUACUCAAGUGUUUACCUUUGGUCCAACGUUCCGAGCUGAAAAUUCUCAGUCCCGAAGACACCUGGCAGAGUUUUAUAUGGUAGAAGCAGAGAUUUCUUUUGUUAAGAGCCUUCAAGAUCUCAUGAAGGUUAUGGAGGAACUCUUCAAGGCUACAACAGUGAUGGUUCUCUCAAAUUGUCCUGAAGAUGUUGAACUCUGUCACAAAUUCAUAGCUCCUGGCCAAAAGGACAGAUUAGAACAUAUGCUAAAAAACAACUUUUUAAUCAUUUCUUAUACCGAAGCAGUGGAGAUCUUAAAGCAAGCAUCCCAGAACUUCACCUUCACCCCAGAGUGGGGUAUUGAUCUACAAACUGAACAUGAAAAGUACCUGUUGAAGCACUGUGGCAACAUACCAGUCUUCAUCAUUAAUUAUCCAUCAGCACUCAAGCCUUUCUACAUGAGAGAUAAUGAAGAUGGCCCUCAGCACACAGUUGCUGCUGUUGAUCUUCUGGUUCCCGGGGUUGGGGAACUCUUUGGAGGAAGCCUCAGAGAGGAGCGGUACCAUGUCUUAGAGCAGCGCUUGGCCAGAUCAGGACUCAAAGAAGCCUACCAAUGGUAUCUGGACCUUCGUCGAUUUGGAUCUGUGCCGCAUGGAGGUUUUGGGAUGGGAUUUGAACGCUAUCUGCAGUGCAUCCUGGGAGUUGAAAAUAUCAAAGAUGUUAUGCCUUUUCCAAGGUUUACUCAUUCAUGUCUUUUAUAGCUGGAAGAUUGGUUAAGGAAAAGCAUACCAUUACAGAGGCACUGCACAUGAAUAUGCAUAUAGGAGAAUGCAUGUUUGGGUUUUAGAAAUGCAGGUUUCAAUAUGUAAUUGUUGUACCGUGAGAUGUAACAUAUGAAAAAUAUACUCAAUCAUGAUUUUCUUAGAAAGUUGAGAGCAUUUCUUGAAAGUAUGAACUUCCUUAAGACAAGGUACUUAUACCAAGUGGACUCUCAAAUCUAUUACCUCAAUUAAGAAGAAAUGAAGAAAUUGAACUAGAUGGUCUCAAAGACCCUUUCAAACUCUAAAACAGGAUGAGAUAGUGUAUUUUACUUUGUCUUUAAUCAUUAGAUCACUUCCCUGUGUAACUUUUAAGAAACAACUAGUAGCUAAAAAUAAAAUGUUUUUAGAUCUUUUCUCCCUCGCCAUUUAACCUGUGAUAAAUGCCUGUCUUGUUCUCAGUGCUUUACUAAACAUUGCA